UUAUACCUUUAAAUGGUGCUGAAUUGGCAAAUGUGCCAUAAGACAAGCUUUGUUUUAAAAUAGUUUCAGUGGUUUUGCAUCUUUGUUAGUUUGCUUCCUAAUGGUUAUGUAGGAAUUCCUAUAAGCAUUUGCACGUUUUUAGAGCAUUCAUAAACACCGGCGUCGUUAUUAUUAUUAUAUAAUAUAUUUCUCUCUAUUGAUUUCUCAGGUGUGUCCGUGAUUCAUAGAGGAAGUGAAGAGCGCACAGUGCGGCUAUAAAACAGCCGGGGCGGUGCAAAACUAAUUCUGUUCUUCUGUUCACACACAUUCUCUCUCUCUCUCUCUCUCUCUCUCUCUCUCUCUUUCUCUCUCACACACACACUUUCUGCUCCACUCAGGUCAAUCAGCUAAACGGACCUUAAGCUCUGUGGACACCUGGACCCUAAGUGGAUACAACAAUUAUUUGGAAUAUGAACACCUUUCGACUUAUUUUCCUGCAUUGUGUUGUUUUCCUCCAGCUGAGUGGCUGCUCGUCCCAGGAUGAGAGUGUGAACCGUGCAGUGACAGUAGGGAAACGACUACACACACCAGCUGAAGUGCACACUCCAGACAAUGACACCAAAAUGGAUGAACAUCUGGACAGUAAUGAAGGCAACAUCUCUGCGGAAUAUGAGGACAACUAUCCCAAUGUUGCUUUUUCCACAAAGCCUAAAGUUCCCUCACGGUCGACAUUGAAAGGUCAAAGGAAGGGCAGUGAUAGGAAAAACCCCUGCCGUAGGAGCAAAUACCUCAAUUAUUGCGUUCAUGGAGUUUGCCACUACUUGGCGGAACUAAACCAAACAACUUGCAUAUGUGAGUCAGGAUACUCAGGCGAUAGGUGCCACCUGUUCAUCCUGCCUGUUGGCAAAGAAGAUGAAGGCAACAGUCACACCACAGCUUUGGCCGUAAUGGCAGCAGUUCUAUCCUUAACAUGUGUUACCAUAAUUGGCAUUUUACUGGCAUUAAGGUGUCAAAAAAAAGAUGACAGUAGUGCAGAUGAGAAGAUCAGACUACAGCCACUGCACAGUAGUGAAGAAAAAGCAAAAGAAUCAAACCAGUGGUUCAGUGGACUUGAUGGCUACCACCUGGAGACCUCCUGUCAACGGUGAAGAGGAAAGAGCCAUUGUCCUGAACAUCAUAUGUCUCCAAAGGAUGACUUAAAGGAAAUGAUAAACAUUGAUUUGAAGAUUGUAAGAAACACUUCUGUGUAGCUCCAAAAUGUAAAAGAACAUAUUUACAUUUACGAUUUUUAACGUACUAUUUAUUUAUUUUUAAACGAUACUUGAGCUCUAUAAGGUCAGUCCUGAUAGUGUAUUUAUUUAUAUAUUAAUUAUUUAUUUUGUCAUGUAAUAAUGAUGUAUAUUUACCAAAUGCACUGCAAGUUUAUCAGUUGUAUGGUGCAAUCUGUGAGCAAUGAUGCAUUGUUGGUGGUUUUGUUCCUGUACUCCAGCAUGUUGAGCAUGAAAUGAAUCCAUGAGUGCUAGUUUAAAGAACAUUAUUGUUCAUUAUUCAAGUUUUUAUUACCAGGACUGGGAUAGCAUCGUCGAGGAAGAUUUCAGGUGAUCACUGAAAAAAGAAAAAAAAAAUUUUGAGUAAAAGAAAAUUGAUAAAGAAAAGAAAUGUAUAGCACCAAGUCCUAUAUAAGAUCACCUUAAUUUGGAUCUACUAAUUUACAAUUCAUUGACAGCAGACGAUUGUGUACAAGUUGGUGCAUUAAGCAUUAAAGCUACAAUUAUGCACUUUUAUUUUUAUAAUCAGUUUAUCAUUUCAACAUGGAGUACAGAGUGCAAGAAAACUAGAAAAUAAUCACUGUUCACUAACUGCAGGCUUAAGGUUUUUUUUUAUGUUUUUCGAUAUUUAUUAUCGUAUAACAAACAAACAAUGAAAGAAUAUCCCUGUUUAUGCCAAAUUAUUACUGAAACCAAUUUGAUGACUAUACUGUGAAAAAUGGAGCCCAUUUGAAGAGAAUACCUUGGUUUGUAUUUUACUAGGCAAAAAUGUGGAAGCAAAAAUGAUUUGUAAAGUUUCAAUAGUGUUCUACUUACAAUUGACUUAAUACAAUGCACACCAGUAAGAGUCAAACCAUUGAAAUCUCUAUUAAUUGCAUACUACUGUAAAAUAUAAAAUGAUCAUCUUUAUGCUAAAAAAAAAAUUAGUGCUGAUUCCAGAUUUUUGUCUUGUAAUAUAUGUAAGAAUUGUUGGUUUAUUUAAGCAGUAUUGAUUUACUUGGUGGUACAUAAUAAAUCCCUUGACACUAUAUAAUUGCCAGCUCAGUUACUAUUUCAAAAAGUGGGAAAUAACUAAUACAGUCAGUUAAUAUUUGAGAAUGUAUGCAUUGCUUAGUUGGCAAUAAAAGUAGUUAUAUUUUC